GGUAUUUUUAGCUACUAGGGGUGAAAUGAACUUUCUAGUAAGUGUUCUAAUACCUUAAUAUCACAAAUUCUUGUAUUCAAAUUUACACUUCCCUUUCUCACAAUCAACAAUUAAGUGUAUGUGAAAUCACAUGAAAAACAUGUUUAUAUUUGCAGAAUAUGGAUCAUUAUCCUGUUAUAGUGUAUUGGGGUGGGGAAGUAAGUUAUACUGGAUCCGAUGUUAGGUAUAAUGGAGGAUUAAAUACAGUGAUGUUUAUCCAUCGUCAAAAUACGACUUUUGAGGUGUUUGUUAGCAAAGUCUAUGAUGUAAUUGGUUGUGAUCGCAACUCAUUUAUGUUAAAAAUGGAGAUGAAAUACUCGGUGACUGGGAAAAAUGUGUUAGUCCCGAUUAAGAAUAAUGAAAGCAUAAGUGCUCUUGCUUUUGUAUGUAACAGCGAUCAUGGCGAUGCCGGGACCAGUUGAUCCAUCAGUGCUUACGCUUCAGGCGACACACAGGAGCGUAGCUGCGUGGGAGGGCUCCACUGCCCAAUUAGUUACUCGUCAGCACUACCAGGCGAGUACGUUACUGUGGGAGGUGGAUGACAGGGUAUUAGACGUAGUCGAGCUAGCUGGUUUCAGAUACAUUCACCGGUUGUUGGGCGGGGGCUUAGAGCUCGAUCGAGCUCUUAUCACUGCAUUGAUGGAGAGGUGGAGGCCGGAGACACAUACCUUCCACCUCACAGUUGGCGAGGCAACGAUCACGUUGCAAGAUGUGGCAGUUAUCAUGGGACUGCCGGUUGAAGGACAAGCAGUCAUUGGUCAUGGGGAGGGAAAUUGGCCAGCAUUAGUACAUGAGCUGCUAGGGGUUUGGCCGGAAAACCCUCAAGACCCCUCACAGCCGAAGAUCAUCGUUGGAUCGUCAUUGAAGCUGACUUGGCUCUGACAGCAUUUUAGCGCGCUUGAGGAUGAUGCAGAUGAUGUGACGGUUGACAGACAUGCCCGAGCUUACAUCUUGUACCUGUUUGGAUGCAUCUUGUUUCCAGACAAGAGCGGCGACUCGGUACAGUUGAUCUAUCUCCCUCUACUGGGAGACUUGGAGCGCGUAGAUGAGUACAGUUGGGGAAGUGCUACCCUAGCGUAUCUGUAUCGUAACUUAUGUCGAGCAUCUCGUAAGGGUGCCAAGGACAUUGGUGGAUGCUUGAUGUUAUUACAUAUAUGGUCAUGGGAGCACAUAGGGAGGCCCAUUAUUCGGACGGUUCGACCGGAUGGGCAACAUGAUCAGGAAGAUGACGCGGAUGAUUUUGAACCGAUAUUAGGGUCACAGCAUCGGCGCGGGAUGGAUCCUUUGGCAGUAAGGUAGCAACACUCAAUUCACUAUUCAAAUUCAUAAUUCACUAUUUGCGUAUAUCUUUCGAGAUCCCACUCCACACAUACUCUCGUCUACUACAGGGACGCACUAGAUCGACAACGGGACGAACAGAUGACAUGGCAGCCUUAAACAGCGGCUAAGAUGGAAGCUCUACCGCACAUAUGUACAUCGGGCCACGAGAUUUGGAGAUCGCGUUGUCCUCUUAUUUGCUUUGACAUCGUCGAGCUACAUCUCCCGAAUCGUGUCAUGCGUCAAUUCGGUUUGGAGCAGGUAAUUCCGCAAGCCUGUGACACCCAACCUCAACUACAUGCGAUCGAUCGGAGGACUGGGGACAAGAACUAUCUCGUACGACAUAGAUCGCAUGUAGAUGCGUGGAACGACCGAGCAUCUAGAUUGGUUGGAGGAGAUAACUUCACAGGUCAUAGCUCUGCUAUGUACAUGAGUUGGUACAGGCGUAUCUCCAUAUUACGCCUAACGAACACCGCAUUUGCGCAGCCAGGAUCACAUUACCAUCCGACAUCUACGUUACUGGUACGUUUUCUUUCAACACUCAUAACAAAUAGUAAUAGUUUUAAGUAACUCUUUUAACAAUAUAAUGAUAAC